AUGAAGACUAUAGGCCGGGGUCUCAUUUGCCAUCGUCUUCUUCGCUCCAUUUGUCAACUGGUUGGCAUCCAUGACAUGUACGCAAAAGUUGAGGGAGCCACACGGAACUAUCGUGCGCUUGCCAGAGGCUUUCUUCAGAUGCUCAAUGCUCAGCGAAGCUAUCAACAAUUAGCAGAAGAUUCCGGCCUCCAUAUUGUUGAGUUCAGCCCACAAAAUGGCAUGGUGCCAAUUGUGUUGGCAUCUCCACCUCCUGGCCAAGUGCGCAAAAAUAUCUUAGCUCCUUCACGCUUGAGUUCCACUUCAUCUUCCGGUGAUGAUCAAUUUCGACCCCAUCCUGGAGCUUUUGAGAAGACAUUAAUACUAUUGUCUAAUCCACUUAGACGUCCGGUCCUCCCCAUUCUCAAGCCUCAACUUCACACCACCUUUAUUGACGAUCUGACAUUUGAGACUAGCAACUACUUUGCUUACCGAGACAAGCAGGUUCAGGUACACAAAUAA